CUGGGCUGCCGUAACAGUGGGAAACUGGGUGGUGGCGGGCAAAGUCAGUCUGCGCCAUAGUUUGGGCCCCUGGGCGGCUGGGUGGCAGGGAGGCGGUGUUUUUCUGCCGGGGCGUACGUGGGCGGUGAGCAACUCCGAGCGCAAGGGCAGACGCCUCCAUAGUGCUGGCGCCCAUUUUGCCCGCCCUCUGAGGAGUGCCCAACGCGGCCUACACUCGUCAGGGACAGCUCUUUGAGGCAACUUCGCCAGGAACAACGACCUCUUUUGAAAGUCGGUCCUAAAACAUUUUCUGGAUAUGCCACAAAAGGAUCCAUGCCAGAAACAAGCCUGUGAAAUACAGAAAUGUUUACAAGCCAACAACUAUAUGGAAUCGAAGUGUCAGGCUGUCAUCCAAGAACUUCGUAAGUGUUGUGCUCGAUAUCCCAAGGGAAGAUCUCUUGUCUGCUCUGGAUUAGAGAAGGAAGAAGAAAACCUGACAUUGAAGUCUGGAUCCAAGUAAAGUUGUACUGAGAAGUUAAAUUCUGCUUCAUGUUUCCCUCAAGUGUGUUUUAUUUACUACCCCUUCUUCAAGCCAGGUAGCAGCAAACAGCAAAUGAAAAAAAUUAAUUAUAAGAGUUAGCAAAUAUGACAUCUAUACAAAAUAGACCAAAAUAACCUGUUAGAAAAUAAAUAUGGGGGCUGGAGAGAUGGCUCAGUGGUUAAGAGCAUUGCCUGCUCUUCCAAAGGUCCUGAGUUCAAUUCCCGGCAACCACAUGGUGGCUCACAACCAUCUGUAAUGAGGUCUGAUACCUUCUUCUGGGCUGCAGACAUACAAACAGACUAUUGUAUACAUAAUAAAUAAAUAAAUAAAUAAAUAAAUAAAUAGAAAAUAAAUAUGUAUAAUGUAAAAUGGAACUGCUAAAAUAAACCUGUUUUACAUGAAAAUAUUGGUUUGUUAAUGAAUGUAUUUUAGGAGACUAUUAGAUACAGAUAUUAAUGGAUUCUCUUUUAAUCCGUGAAUUCAGACUGUUAUCUGUAUCUUGAUCUUGCUUGCCAAAUCUUGGAUCUAUGUUGAAUAUGGAUAAGAUACACAGAGGAAUGUGUAGAAAACAAUUUAUUACAGAAUAACCUGAAAUAUUCUAAAGAGUAAGUGGAUAAUGCCCAGAGAUCAUUAUGCUAACAUACUUGUUGAAGUAGAUUGUAUUCUAUUCAUCUUUUAUGUUUUUAACUUUUAUUUUUUAUUGUAUGUGGAUAGGUAUUCUGCUUACAUGUGUGUCUCUAUACCGUGUGUGUUGAUUCUUCUGGGAGUGGAGUUACAGACAGUUGUGAGCUGCCACAUGGGUACUGGGAAAAGAACUCGGGUCCUUUGAAAGAGCAUCUGGUGCUUUAACCCCUGAGCUGUCUCACCAGCCCUGAUUGUAUACUAUUUUCUAAAUUUCAAGAAUAGGUAGCUUUCCCAAGGGUGUUUUCCUGUCCUGGUGAUUGAAAGGCACAUUUGGAUUAACUUGCAAGAAUGAGAGAACAAAGGUGUGGCUUUGUUCUUUACCAGAAAACCCCUGGCUAGAUAGUAAUCUUAUGAUCUUCCCAACAGGUCAGAAUGUAAUCUACCCAUGGUGCUCAGAUCAGAUUCUUUGAAUUAGUAAUCAAAGUCCCACAGUUUCAUUUAGUGGUUUUACAAAGUGCUGAUUAUGGAAGAAGCCAUGCUCAAUAAACUUCAAGCCAGAUAACAUAUAACUAGCUAUUUAACAGGACAAGUGGUGUCAAUGAUAAAGCUUAAGUUGCAUGAGGCCCUCCAGCAUUAGAAUUAUAAGACCCUUCAUAGAUUACAUGCUACACUAUUUUAAAGUUUCUUUUAACCUAACUCAACACCAAUAAUUCCGUUGCCUUCCAAAUGCCAGUAGGAACAUUGUUUGGUUUUUUUUUUUUUUUUUUUUUUUUUUUUUUUUUUUUUUUUUUUUUUUUUUUUUUUUUUUUUUUUUUUUUUUUUUUUACAUCCCUAUCGCAGUGCCUAGCCACAAAUACUUAAUAUUUCUUCAGUGUUAGGAGAAGCACAUAGGUUAUCCCUCACAAGGGCAUCUUGGCAGUCAGGAGCAAAGGAAUACCACAAAAUCAUACCAUACAGCAAACAUCACACAAGAGAUUUACACGAGAGAGACACAGAAUGGCAGCUGCCUCUGACCAGAAACAGACAACAAUGGACUGGGUAGAGGGGCGAUCUUUUGAAGGGUCUAUGAAGCAUGCUCAGUGAGCUAAUAGAAAAGUACAGUGCAGUUAUAAGUAGAGCUUGAGCAUUAAGCCUGAGUCACAGGAGCAGCAAGGGGCAGGGUGAAUUUCCACCUACCAGUGACUGUAAGUGUUACAGCUCUGAGGGGAAAUGUUUCCCCAAUACAAGUGUCGCAGCUUUGAGGGGAAAUGUUUCCCCAAUUCAAGUGUUACAGCUCUGAAGGAAAAGGCAUCCUGGCAGUUCCGAGCCAAGGAACACCACAAAAUUCCUCCACACAACAAACCUCACAACAGAUUUAUUGGAAAAGAUAUAAGAGGGUGCAACCUGAUUUCUAAUUGGUCUUAAUAAUAAAAACCCAGAGUCCGAUAUUACGGGGUAAAAGCUGAAAGAACAGAGAAGCAGAGAAGCCAGCCACUUGUUCUUACCUCUAUGAAAUCCUCAGACCAAAUUGGGCCUGUCUCUACAAGUCCUCAGACUGAAUGCGCUGAGCUCCUCUCUCCUCCCCGCUUAUAUUCCUCUCCCUGCCCAGCCAUAUUUCUUCCUGUCUCCACUUCCCUAGUGCUGGGAUUAAAGGUGUGUGACUCCCAAGUAUUGGGAUUAAAGGAGUGAGCCACCACCACCUGGUUCUUUUUCUCUUUGAGACCAGAUCAAUCUAGUGUAGCCCAGGGUGGCCUUGAAUCCACAGAGAUCAGUCUGCCUCUGCCUCCAAAGUGCUGGGAUUAAAAGUGUGUGCCAUCACUGCUUGGCCUCUUAUGGCUAAGUAGUGGGUUAGCUCUGCACUCUGAUCUUAAGGCAAACUUUAUUUGUUAAAUCACAAAUCAAAUAUCACCACAAUAGAGUGUUGCCCUUGGUUUAGGAGCAAAGCAGCAAAGAACUAAAUGGGAGGCAGACAUUAUAUAGGGUUUCUUGGGGGCAGAGUUUCAGAUUUCCAACGUAGGGAUUGGUAGGACUUCAAGUCCUGAUCUUGGGGCGAGCUCAGGGAUUGGUGGGAUUUUGAGUUCAGGUAUUGGUGAGUUUUUGAGCUAAGAGAUUGGUGGGUUUUCAAAACCCAGAAGUGAGCUCAGACCUUUUGCCCUAUGGUUACCCUACACAGUCUUCUAAUGUUCAGUGAUCCCUAAUUUAUCAUGAAGGAAUGGAAAAACCCUUUCAUUGCAAGUCAAUGGGAAGCUUAAUGAGAACUGAACCAAAGAGCUACACUGAGGCUGAAUGGUUUUUAUUCAAGGCAUGAACUGCCAAGUUGUCUCCAAGUGAAGGGAGAGCAACCCCACAAAAAGGGGAGUUUGGAGUUUUAUAGGGUGGUCUUAAUUGGGUGAGAAAGCAUUGUGUGAAAAGAAAUUGCUGUAAGCAAAAAAAAAUUUAUGGAUAGCAGGACACAGAGAAGCCUUUUGUUAGGAAAACAGGAUGUUGUAGUCAAGCUGCUCUUCUGAGAUAAGGGUCAGAUGACUUUUGAGAUGUGCAGAAUGUUCCAUUUCCAUUUCUCUUGAAGGAGUCAGGCCCCACCCAGAUCAUCCAUCUUGGUAUCUUCAGCAAGUCCUUCUUGGACCAGCCUUAUAGUCAGCAUUGUUUGACAAAACAACUUUUCUGGUGAGAUGAAAUACGUGUAUCUACUCAACCCAAAUAAGGAGCCCAUGACAGACCAAAGUUCAGAUACCACCAAAUUCCGACUUGGAGAACCAAUGAAUUUUAUUGGAGUUAACUUGUAAGUAAGGAGCAGAAAUUAAUCAAAGGUGGCUGCAUCGCCAAAGCCAAAAGCUGGGAAUCUAGAGCACAAUGCACAACCUACAGGCAGUUCAACAGGUUGAGUUAUCUCAAGUGACUCAUUUGGUCUAAACCUCUUCCAGGUCGUCCAGCUUGUUUCUGAUUCUUCUAGGCAGUUGGCCUGGUCUUAGGAUCUUCUUUGCAGUUUUAUUGCUUACUCUGGGAGGGAGAAGCCUAGUGAAUCUGGUCAAUUUCAGGGACUUCCUAGAACUAUUUUGAGUUGUUUAACUCCUUAAGAAGCUUCCUAGCAGGAUAGAAUGUUUUAAUCUCAGAGGAAACUGUUAAACAACAGUCAGGCAGACUAACAAAAUUAAGAAUUUUAGGUAGCUUAGGUAGGCUUUAUUUCUUUAUAACCAAAACCCUAUAGAAGAUCCAAAUACUAUAAAAACAAAACUUCUGAAGGAAACCUUUCAAUAACUGGCAGCUAUUUUAUAUCCAUUUGCUUCCCUCAAAUAAGUGUUAUUAUUACUAUUACCCCUUAUAUCCCCCCAAAAAAAGAUGCCUUUUGGGGCUGAGGAUGUAGCUCAGCUGGUAGAGUACUUGGUUAAUGUAUACAAGGCCCUGGGUUUGACCCUCAGCACUACGUAAACCAGGUGUAAUACAAACCUGUAAUCCCAGCACUUAGGUGAAGUUGGGAGUAUCAGGUGGUCAUCCCCAGGUACAUAGAAAGUAAACUAGACUAUGUGUGACCUAUCUCAAAAAAAAAAAAAAAAGAAAAAAUGCCUUUGUAAGAACAUGAGUGUACUUCCUUGAUAUCCAAAUAACAUUAGUUGAUAAUAAAUCUUUUUUUUUUAAUUUUAAGUGUGUAUGUGUUGUUAUGCCCAAAUCCGCAAAGUCCCUGCAAAAGCCAACAAGGUGAUGGAGUCCCAUAUGUAAAAACAAAGAGCCUUUAUUUUAAUCAAGUUUGCAAACUUGGUCUCUCUGCAUGUCCAGCAUAUUGGAAUAAUCGGAGAGCCCGAGCUCAAUUAGAAUUGGGUUUUUAUAGUAGUAAAGGUGGGGGUGAGGGGUUUCUGAAGUUCAGGAUCCCUGAUUGGCUGACAUUUGUCUAGGGGUGUCCUGUUGAAUGUGCACUGGCAAGUGAUCCUAUCUACAGCGGUUGGAAUGUUAGGAAUUUCCCUUGAAUGGUCUGUUCUUGGGCAGUGAUUGGGUAAUCUCAGCUUGUGGUUCCUCCUGCAACCAGGUAUUGCUUCCUGCAGCAGUUCAGUCCCAAAGAAACACACAGAGGCUUAUAGUAAUUACAAAAUGAUUGGCCUGUUAGCUCAGGCCAAAGUGACUAUCUGGCUCUGUGCUGCCUGAGAGAUAUUUGGUCCGCAAAGAAGGGUAACAGUUUGAAAUUCUAAUGAAGUAAUUUAAGUGAACACUCAUUAAUGGGAAAAACUUUUUUUUCCCCCCGAGACAGGGUUUCUCUGUGGUUUUGGAGCCUGUCCUGGAACUAGCUCUUGUAGACCAGGCUGGUCUUGAACCCACAGAGAUCCGCCUGCCUCUGCUUCCCAAGUGCUGGGAUUAAAGGCGUGCGCCACCACCGCCCGGCAGGAAAAACAUUUUUAAUAAAGCAUUUCAUAAUUAUAAUGUUUACAUCAUCUAUGACUCUAAAUUGCACUUAAAAUAACAUUGACAGUGAUUGCUUAGGACUUAUAUAUUACUCACAAAAUCAAAUAAUUAUUUUUUUCUGUUUUAUUAGUUAUGUUUACUCAAUUAAGCUUUAAAAGUAUACUGCCGAUUGACAAUAGUUUAAGAAAUUCUUCACAUUUCAGUUAAGUCCCUCUGAUUACCAGCAUUACUUUGCUUCUAACUGAGGAUAUGCUAAACCCUGGGGAUAUUUGUAUUUGGUACAAUUUCUUGUCACUUAGAAUUCAGUAUUUUUCUUACCAGUGGAGUUGACUAGAAAAUGAUAAAUUGAGAACUAAAGUAAUGAAUCCUGGGGCUGACACAUAUUAUAUCAUCUGUAAGUUAAUUAAAUUAAUAUUGGAUGGAGUUCCCUCUUAGUUGAAAACUUCAAUAUAAUAGAUGUUUUGCCAAAGAAUGUAAUUCACAAAAAAAUUCAGGAUUAUACACUGACACUUACGUAAUAUCAUUUUACUGAAUUUGUAUACUUUUUAUACUUUUAUUUAAUGAAUUUCAUAUUAAGUAUAAGAUAUCUUAUGAUAAUUCUUUGGAAAUUAAUAUUAUAAGGUCAAAAUUCUCAUAAAUCAACAUCUGCCAGAAUAAUAAAAUCUAUUCAGAAAAAAAGUAUACUGCCUUAUUUUGAGUUUCAAAAGCUUCCAAAUAUUUGUUUCUUUAAACUAUCCUAUCUUAUUUUAAGUCAACAGAUCUAUUAGAAGACAUUGACUUAAAUCUUAUUCUCUUUAGCUAAUAUGGCACACAGUAAAAUUAAAUACCCAAGAGAGAAGGCUUAACCAUUACAGAAUACUUUUUAUGUAACACUGAUCAAGACUAACACUGAAACAUAGUCGUCAGGGAAGAACUCUUGUGAUAACUAUGAUCUCAUCUCUCAUUUUGAAAAUACAAAACUCUCCAAGUAGCUAUUAGUGAUGUUAAGUAUAAUCAUUUGGUUUGUGAUUGAAAGACUUUAUCAAAGAAGUACUUUUCAACAGCAAUGGGUAAAGCAAUUGUAGGGUAAUAUUUGGGCAGCAAGUCAACAGUCUAUUGCUCUACAGCCUUUUAUUUAGUAUUUUCAGGUUAUACUGAUGGCAAAAAAAUUCCCUUUUCCAUUUUGCUGUAAUACACCUUUCUUCUUACAAUGUAAGUCAGUAAAGUGUGAUAUUAUAUUUGUAUUUAGUAAGCAGAAAUCAUUUCCAGUUAGCUUUAAAAUAAAAUUUAAAAAAUAUUUACUUGUUAACAGAAUUCUAAUUUUAUUAGCACCAAGUUCCAACUCCUUCAGUGGUUCUGUCUUUACUACUCAUCAAGAAAAUCUGGGAUGUGUGAAGCCUCAACCUACCACAAUGGCAUCCUGAACCAGUGAAGUCAAAAUCCCUACAACAAGAGCCACAAGCCAACAUUUAAAAUUAUGCAGAUGAUUUCCUUGUGUAAGCAAGGAUUAGAACUGAUGCUCUUAGUAAUCACAUAAUUUCUUAACAUUUUAAUAUUGGAAAAGAUAGACAGUUUUAAUACAGCAAAAUGUGAAAAGAGGCACUAGGAACAAAAAGGGGUGGGGAGAUGGAAAAGCAAAAAAGAAGGAAGCCUAGCUUUUCUUCAAAUUCUACAUCUCUUAAGAAGGAUAAAAGCAUCAAAGAUCUGAACAACACUGCAUGAUUUCUGGGAAAUCAGGUCCAGAACUAAAAUUUUUCUCCCAACACCCCGUGGUAAUCUGAUUAACUGAACAGAAAACCUAUUAUAAAUAGUCUAUUUCACAAAAUAAGUUCUUCCCAUGAGAAAAAGAAAGGAAACUGCUAGUUUAGCCAGGAGUUUCAUAUUCCUGCAGGGAUAGCUGGAUGAACACUUUUCUCUUAGGUGAAACAAAACUGAUGGCACACAAAAAUUUCAAAUUCAUUUGUAUAUCACCUUUUCAGGAAGAGAUUUCUAAUGCUUUCCAAACUGGAAAAGUAUAGCUUUCAAAUAAGAGCUUAACCCUUAGAUAUGUCAAACUUUCUGGCAAAUAUGAAAGAAGAAUAAAGAAAACAUUCUUAAUAAUUAACAACAGAAGACAUCUAUCUUCAAAAACCAUAAGUACACACAUUAAAACUAUAAUAACUGGAGCCGGGCGGUGGUGGUGCACGCCUUUAAUCCCAGCACUCGGGAGGCAGAGGCAGGC